AACGGAUACUUCCUUUCCCUCCAUCCCCGAACGAACGUUAUCCGCUCUUUCCCUCUCCCUCCAUCCUAAACCCCUGCAUCCGUCUCCUUCUCCCUGUCCUCCCACCUCUCCUCCUCGCAAACCCUAACAAUGGCGCCUCUCCCUCACCACGACGCCCCUCGAACCACCACCACUAACACCACCAUCUCCCAUUUCAGCUUCCUCGUCUCCUUCCCCUUCCUCCGCCUCCCCUUCUCCUCCCCCACCCACCACCAGCCCUCGUCAAAGCCGCUCGUUCCCGAUCCAACGGCCCCAAACACCCUUCCCUCCCUCCUCUCCUCCGCCGAGCUCCGCCUUAAGGAGCUCGCCUCCGCACUCUCCGACCACCCUUUGCUCAAACCCUUGCUCUCGUUCCAUUCCCACCUCCGGAGCUUCUCCCAGAUCCAUUGCAGAGGAGCAAGGAAUCCGAAACUGUUGUCAGAUCAUGGCUUUGCAGCCGUCUUGCCUGGGGAUUCAGUGGCAGGACUGGUCGUUGCCAAUGGAAUCAUGAACUUCCUGAACAUUUACAAUACGUUACUAGUGGUUAGGCUGGUGCUAACUUGGUUCCCCAAUUCUCCUCCGGCCAUCGUCAACCCUCUCAGCACAUUAUGUGAUCCGUACCUUAACAUAUUUCGUGGGUUAAUUCCGCCCCUUGGUGGAGCGUUGGAUCUAUCACCCAUACUGGCUUUCCUAGUUCUCAAUGUUUUUACCAGCACUGCUGCCGCACUUCCUGCUGAACUUCCUUCCACAACUCCAUCUCAGCGAAGCACUUCUCAUUUGAUGCCUCUGAACCUCACAGCAGCGCAGAGAAAAUGGAUGCAAAGGGUAUCCUUAAAGAAAUCCAAGUAAAUCGCAGGAAAUGAUGUGAUGUGAUGCAUUUUAAGGCACAACACUGAAAUCACGCACAUCUUAUAAAUUGUAUCCUGAAUAUCCUGUUGCACGUAGCAGAAGCUGGGCUAAUCUGCAACUUUUUUUUUUUUUUUUUUUUGUAUCUAAUGUCAGUUUUGGAUAUUUAAUCAGGUGCUUUUAAUUCUUGGCAUAUAAUUAUUAUCUUACUGUAACAUGAAUAUCUAUAAGUUAUUCAUUCUUUCUUUGUUGCCAA